AUGAGUAUGAAGAGACAUUCUGCACCUGUUCAUGAACCACUGGAAAUAAGUGAAGACAAUGAAUUGGAUCAAGAUAUCAUUGAUAUCAAUGAAGCUUUAGGACUGGACCUGUUCGAGGGUGAUAUCAAACUUGAUGGGAUGCGAAACUCCAUUAUUGGUGAUCAAUAUCGAUGGCCCCACACCAUUCCAUAUGUCUUGGAGGACACCCUGGAAAUGAAUGCCAAAGGACUUAUCCUCAAAGCAUUUGAACAGUACCGCCUAAAAACCUGUAUUGAUUUCAAACCCUGGGAAGGAGAGCCAAAUUAUCUUUCUGUGUUCAAAGGAAGCGGCUGUUGGUCCUCCGUUGGAAACCGCCAAAUUGGAAGGCAAGAACUCUCCAUAGGAGCCAACUGUGACAGGAUUGGGACUAUUGAGCAUGAGUUCCUUCAUGCACUGGGAUUCUGGCAUGAGCAGUCGCGUUCUGACAGGGAUGAUUAUGUCACAAUAAUGAGAGACAGAAUUCAGUCUGGUAAAGAAGGAAACUUCAAUAAAUAUAGUGAUAAAAGAUCAGACUUUCUUAACGUCCCAUAUGACUACACCUCUGUAAUGCACUACAGUAAAACUGCAUUCAUGAAUGGCACAGAACCAACAAUAGUAACCAACAUACCAGCCUUCAUUGAUGUGAUUGGACAACGAAUGGAUUUCAGUGAAUAUGAUAUCCAGAAACUGAGUCGACUGUAUAACUGUACCACCUCCUUAAGUUUUAUGGAAACAUGCAAUUUUGAAUUUGAAAACAUGUGUGGCAUGAUUCAAAGUUCAGACAAUAAUGCUGACUGGCAGCGCCUAACUGAAAUUUCUGGAGAACCAAAAACCGAUCAUACCUAUGUUGGAACCUGUCAGGAAACUGGUUACUUUGUGCAUUUUAACACUAGUGCUGGAAUCACACAGGACCGAGCCAUUUUAGAGAGUCGAAUUCUGUAUCCCAAGAGAGGAUUCCAGUGCCUGCAGUUCUAUUAUUACAAUAGUGGGAGUGAAAGUGAUCAGCUGAACAUCUUAGUUAAAGAGUACAGUGACACAAACCUCAAUGGUACUUUAAGACUUGUGGAAACGAUCCAAGGUUCACCAAAAGAUUACUGGCAGCUAUACCAUGUUCCUUUAAAUGUUACAACUAAAUUCCGAGUUGUAUUUGAAGGCAUAAAAGGAUCUAGCGCAUCAAAUGGAGGUCUUUCCAUUGAUGAUAUCAAUCUGUCAGAAACCCAGUGCCCUCACCAUGUUUGGCACAUAAGAAAUUUCACUCAGCUCCUUAAUUCAAGCCCUGCAGGGGAAGCAGGAGCAAUAUACAGUCCACCAUUUUAUUCUAUGCAAGGUUAUGCAUUUCAGAUUGCACUGUAUAUGAACAGUUCUAGCUCGCUUAAUUUAGGUAUAUAUUUACAUUCAGUUUCUGGUGUAAAUGACAAUAAUUUAACAUGGCCUUGUGCAUGGCAGCAAGCUACUAUGGUUCUCCUUGAUCAACAUCCAGACAUUCGUCAACGUAUGUCAAAUCAAAGGAGUGUAACAACAGAUCCUGAACAAUUACUAGACUCUUCAAAUCUUUUUUGGGACAGACCAGAUAAAGUAGGAGUACCAGCUAAUUUUACUAAUGGCACUCAAUUUAUGAGAGGUCCUAAAUCUGGAACAUCAGCCUUUAUAACACACAAAAGAGUUAAAAGUCGUGACUUUAUUAAGGAGGACAGUGUUUUCAUUCUAACAACAGUAGAAGAUAUAUCCCAUUUAUUAUUUACGGAGCCAAAUUUUACAACCACGGCUAGGCCGACUGCAGCAGUAAGCAGUGCUUCAACCACGGCUCGUCCUACAGCAGGAGUAAGCAGUGCUUCAACCACAACGCAAUCAACUAUUAUGUCCAGCCCUGCUAGUCUUUGUGAAGCUUUUGGUUGUCAAAACGAUGGGAUCUGCCUGGUGGUGGAUGGAAAGCCAGCUUGCAGGUGCCCUGUAGGUAUUGACUGGUGGUUUGUGGGAGAAAAAUGUGAAACAAAAGGAUCAACUAAGGACACGGCUGUUAUAGCAAUUUCUUCAACUCUUUCUGUAUUUGCCAUUAUGCUGAUCGUCACCAUUGUUUCCGUCAGCUGUGUUCGAAAGAAAUAUCGCAAGCAACUGAAAGCUAGAACAGACCUGGAAUUACAAAAUAAAACACCACUCUGAAGAUGGUAAGAGUUUGGAUUACAAAAGAUUAUAUCAAGCUACUUGGAUACCUU